UACUAUAUAUAGCUUAUUUUGAAACUUUUUUAUUAUUGGCUGUAGGGAAAAACCGAGACCACUUUUCUGUGGUACAACAUGGAUGGUACAUCCAAUUUCUAGAUGUAUUUUGACAUAACUUUACCUGGUAAGAAUUUUUUUGUGGACUUAGAAUUUUUUCUUUAUUGAAUUUCCUCUUUUUGUUGUUCCUGUCCUUUGGGCUUCAACAGUCAUGUUCUUUAAAUUUUGCUCCCAUCCUGUGAUGUAACCCUUCAGGCGUAUAUUGCCCCACUUGGCGGCGCUCUUGUUUGAUAUUCAUUUCCACAUAUUUUUAAAUGUUUACCGUAUAUUGUUCACGGAUAUAUAUGCACUUGUAUGUAUUUGUAUUGAAAACUGUCACUUUUGAUAAUUGAAAAUUCCUAUUAUAUUCCUGUGAAAGAAUUGAUUUUGGCUGACAAAUGGGAUAUUCCAUUAAGACUAAUCAUUUUAUCUACUUUUUAGGUAUGAGACUUGUAGCAGAUGAAGACAUUUCUAUCACAAGUAACAGUACUCUAAGCACUGAAGUUACUACUAGUGAACGUGACUUUAAUGUAGCAACCCCUAUGAGGGAAUCUGGGACUAGUGAACAUCAUCUUAAUGUAGCAAACCCUAUGAGGGAAUCUGGGAUUAGUGAACGUGAGGUUAAUGUAGCAACCCCUAUGAGGGAAUCUAGGACUACUAAAUGUAAGGUGAAUGUAAAAACCCCUACAACAGAAUCUCGGACUAGUGAACAUGAGGUAAAUGUAGCAACCCCUAUGAUGGAAUUUGGGACUAGUGAACGUCAAGUAAAUUUAGCAACCUCUAUGACGGAAUUUGGGACUAGUGAACGUCAAGUAAAUGUAGCAACCUCUAUGACAGAAUUUGGGACUAGUGAAUGUGAGGUAAAUGUAGCAACCACUAUGACGGAAUUUGGGACUAGUGAACGUCAAGUAAAUGUAGUAACCUCUAUGGCGGAAUUUGGGACUAGUGAACGUGAGGUAAAUGUAGCAACCCCUAUGAUGGAAUUUGGGACUAGUGAAUGUGAGGUAAAUGUAGCAGCCCCUAUGAUGGAAUUUGGGACUAGUGAACGUGAGGUGAUUGUAGCAACGACUGAAGAAGAGAAAGAAGCAAUAGGCCUUCACUGGAGGGAAGGAAGACGAAUAGUGGAAUUGGGCAUUUUAGCUGAUGGCCUAUCGGGUUGCCGUUUUUGUGGUGUACCAUUGCAUCUUAACCAUACUACAGACAUAACUAAUUGCGGAGUAUCUGCAACCUUGAAAAUUCCGUGUUCCAACACCACUUGUUUAAAAGUAAACAGCGUCCCCACUGGGAAAAGACAUGGCCGAAUAUGGGAUGGAAAUACUAAGCUUGCAACAGCACUUAUUUAUGCAAGCUUGACAGGGGAGCAGAUAAACAAAGUAUUUCUGUCUCUGAACAUGCCAAUAGUGAGUAAGUGGGUGUUUAAUGAGAGAACAAGGGAAGCUGGAAUGGUUAUAGAGGAGUAUGCAGAAGAGACGAUGAAUGAAUGUUUACAAGAGGAGCUAAGAUUAAAUGAAGAACACACAGGAGAACACUUUAUUACUGGUAGCACUGAUGCUGGAUGGCAGAAACGAGGAAGUGGGAGAUCUUAUGACAGUUUGUCAGGACAUAGCUCCUUCAUUGGCACAUAUGGGGGAAAGGUACUGGCAUAUGCAGUCAGAUCAAGAUCGUGUAGAAAAUGUGCAGCCGCCGAACGUUUAGGUAAGGUUCCAGAAGAUCAUGACUGUAGAAGGAACUAUGCUGGCAGUAGUAAAAGCAUGGAGCCAGACAUGGUCGAGGAAAUGAUAACAAAGUUAGAAGAUAAAGGGGUUCAGGUUACUUGCGUUGCAGCGGAUGAUGAUGCAACCACUACUGCCAAAUCGAAGCAAAUUAAUCCCAACAUAAAAAAAGUUUCAGAGAAAAACCAUCUGCAAAAAAAAUUUAAACAAGGUUUAAAGUCAUUGCAAUUAAAAUACAAAUGUCUUAGUCAAAAAGUGUUUAACUAUUUAUGUUUGUGUUACACAUAUGCAAUUGCACAAAACAAGGGAAAUCCCGAUAAGUUAAAACUAGCCUUUGUGGCAAUCGCUAAGCACCCAUUUGGUGAUCAUUCUGCAUGUGACGCUGAAUGGUGUGGUUUUAAAGCAAAAUCUCAGAGCAGAUUUAAGAACUUGCCAUUUGGACGGCCACUCACCGAUGUUGCAUUCAAAGAAGACUUAUUAAAUUUCAUGAUGUCCCUGUCUAAGAAUUCUGUUAGGUACUCCGAAAUGGGGAGUACACAAACCAAUGAGUCUUUUAAUAAAAUGGCCAGCACACGAGCCCCAAUGGACAAGUUCUUGUCUGGCUCUGCCCAACUCAGUUAUAGGGUUGGCAGUUCCACGGCGUUGAAAAACAAAGGCAAUAAGAAGUUUGUCAUGAAUUUACAGGUCUACAAGAAGUUGAAUGUGUCACCAGGACAACACACUUUAACACUUGCAGCAUUGAAAGACAAUCAGCAUACAAAGCGUAGACAGUACCAAAGUACAGUGGAAGCCAAACGGUUGAGGAGGCAAAAUAAAGAUAAAAGGACAAAAUCACUAGCAUGUUUGGAGGUACGAGAGGGACCAACCUACCAAUCAGGCAUUGAUUUAGAAGAAAAUGUUGAUAUGGAAGCUAUUCCCGCUCCGAUGUAUCAGCCAUGUCCUGAAGAUGACCCAAUUAUGGCUGACGAUUCAAUCUGUAGGGUUGUCUUUGAUCUUGAAACAACUGGUCUGGAGAGAGAUUCACAUAUAACAGAACUUGCGGCUGAAACUGUAUAUUCAACAAACAACAGUACAGAUACCUUUCAGCGUUUCAUUAUUCCCAAGAAACCUAUUUCUAACCAGGCUUCCAAGAUAACUGGCAUAACAGUGAAAGGCAGACAAUUGUUUAAAAAUGGGGCUCUCGUCAACAAUUCUGUUUCUGUAUCAAGAGCUUUAACUUCAUUCCUUGAUUUUUUGAAACAAAAACAAAAGGUUAUUCUUGUUGGUCACAAUAUAAAAACAUUUGAUAGCCUUGUUCUUGUUAAUGCUCUGGAAAAUGUUAACAUGAUGGAAGAUUUUCGAAAUAUAGUUAUUGGAUUUGAGGACACACGGAAACUGUUCAUGAUUAAUAAUCCAGAGUUGAAAAGCUACUCGCAGGAAAAUUUAGUUGGCCAGCUGCUUGGCCAAGAAUAUCAAGCACACAGUGCAUCUGAGGAUGUGAAAGCGUUGAAGGCUUUGUAUACAACUGUAGAUGUUGGGAAAGAUGUACAUGCAAAAUGUCUAUUUUCUGUUGCAUAUUCUAUCCUCAGCCUUAAUUAUUCACAAAGAGUCCGGAGAAAUUUGCCCUCACUUCAAAGAAUGAUUGACAUGAAAGUGUUAACACAAUCUAUGGCAAGAAGAGUAGCCGGAAGUGGAUUGGUUUUUAGACAUAUUGAAAUAGUAUUCUGUAGAAGUGGAAAACAAGGGAUUACCAAUCUCUUUUCAGAAACAGUAAAUGGAAAAGUUAGAGUAACUAAAUGUUCUAAAAUUGUCCAGUCAGUGUGUGAUUUCUUGUCUAGCAACUAAUUUGUAUACAGGCUUUCCAGCAAUAUAUUUUAUAAAAGGAGAAAAGUAGGAAUAAAAUUCUUAAAAUACUAGGAGAGAAAACUAAUAAACAAAGUCCUCAAGGUGAUCUAUUGUGGUCAGUCAAUGUCCGUCGUCCAUCAGUGCAUUUGUGCGUGUGUGCAUCAACAAUUUCCUUAGAUGACAUCUCCUAAACCACUGAUCACAUUUUGACCAAACUUCACAGAAAUGAUCAUUGGGUGGUCCUCUUUCAGAGUUGUUCAAAUUGUUCAGGUCCAUUGUACCACUAAGUCACAGGAGCUAAAAAUAGAGUGAAAACGUCAAACAUCUUCUUGUCUGAAACCACAAGGCCUUGGUCUUUGAUAUUUAGUACGUAGCAGUGUCAAGUAGUCCUCUACUAAGAGUGUCCAAAUUAUGCUCCACGGAAGAAAUUUAGGCUCGCUCGUGGGGUCACAAUUUUACAUAGUCUUAUAGAGGAAAAAGCUUUAAAUAUCUUGUCUGAAACCACAAGGCCUAGGUCCUUGAUAUUUUGUAUGUAGCAUUGUCUAGUGUUUCUAUAUCAAGAUUGUUCAAAUUAUGGCCCUUGGGUGAAAAUUAGCCCCGCUUGGGGACCACAAGUUUUACAUAGUCUUAGAGAGGAGAGAAGUUUAAAAAUCUUCUUUGUCUGAAACAGCAAGGCCUAGUUCUUUGAUAUUUAGUCUGUAGCAUUGUCUAGUGAUUCUCUAUCAACAUUUUACAUAUUAUGCCCCUAGGGUGAAAAGAAGCCCUGAGCUCAAGGAGGUCACAGCUUUUACAUGUAAUAGAAAGAGUAUGGGCUCACGAGAAUAAUUAGCUUAUUUAAAGAAGGCGGAGCGCCCGAGAAAUAACCUGAUUAUUUGAGUGAGUCCUACUCUUUCUGUUUUGUAUCAUGGUCCUCCAAUAAGAACAACGAAUUUACGCUCGACUACUCGAAGAAUAAGUAGAGCUAUCCUACUCACCACGGCGUCGGCGUCACACCUUGGUUAAGUUUUUCGUACCAGUCCACAUUUUGACAAAGUCGUUUGAGAUAAAGCUUUGAAGAUUUCAACACUUGUUUACCAUCACCAUGGCCAGUUGUAGGCAAGAGCACAUAACUCCUUCAGGAAUUUUGGCUGAAUUAUGUCCCCUUUUGACUUAGAAAUCAUGGUUAAGUUUUUCGUACCAGUUCAUAUUUUGACAAAGUCUUUUGAGAUAAAGCUUUGAAACUUUCAACACUUGUUUACCAUCACCAUGUCCAGUUAUAGGCAAGAGAACAAAACUCCGUCAAGGAUUUUGGCUGAAUUAUGGCCCCUUUCGACUUAGAAAUCUUGGUUAAGUUUUUUGUACCAGUUCAUAUUUCGACAAAAGUCUUUUGAGAUAAAGCUUUGAAACUUUCAACACUUGUUUACCAUCACCAUGUCCAGUUAUAGGCAAGAGCACAUAACUCCAUCAAGGAUUUUGGCUGAAUUAUGGCCCCUUUUUUACUUAGAAAUCUUGGUUAAGUUUUUCGUACCAGUUCAUAUUUCGACAAAAGUCUUUUGAGAUAAAGCUUUGAAACUUUCAGCACUUGUUAACCAUCCCUAUGGCCAGUUAUAGGCAAGAGCACAUAACUCCAUCAGGGAUUUUGGCUGAAUUAUGGCCCUUUUUGACUUAGAAAUCUGGGUUAAGUUUUUUGUACCAGUUCAUAUUUUGACAAAGUCUAUGAAGAUAAAGCUUUGAAACUCUCAACACCUGUUUACUAUCACCAUGUCCAGUUAUAGGCAAGAGUACAGAACUUCAUCAAGGAUAUUGGCUGAAUUAUGGCCCAUUUUGACUUAGAAAUCUUGGUUAAGUUUUUCGUGCUAGUUCAUAUUUUGUGUAAAGUGUUUGACAUAUGGCUUUGAAACUUUUAUCACUUAUUCAGUAUAAUAGUCUCUAUCUGUAGGAAAGAGUACAUAACUCUGUCAUAUAUUUUGGCUGAAUUAUUGCCCUUUUUGGACUUGGAAAUUGGUUCUGAUUUCAUACAAGUCCAUGUUUUGUCGAAACUAUUUGACAUAUGGCUUUUAAACUUUGAACACUUGUUUAUCACCAUGAUUUCAAUCUGUAGGCAAGAGUACAUAACUCUGACAACUAUUUUGGCUGAAUAAUGGCCCUUUUUGGACUUUGAAAUUGGUUCACACAUUGCCAUUUAGUGCAAGACUUAUCGAAAUCCACAAAUACAGGAACAUUGUUUGUCUAAUGUAUUUUUUCUUUUGUCUGAAUAUCUGUAGAAAUAUUUUGACCCCAUUCUUCAAUCAAUUCUUCUAAUAGUCGAGCGCGCUGUCAUCCGACAGCUCUUGUUUAAUUGACAAGUCAAAACCGCCUAUUCAUCGUUUUUAU